AGUCUCAUGAAUGCAUGUUUGUAAAGUACUGUAGUGCUUAAGCUAGUCCAUGAAGUAAUGUGCUUGCAUGAGUGCCUUUGCUUUGCAGUAACAGCUCACGUGUACACCAGUUGUGCAUUUCUGCUUUGUGCGUGCAGAAUAGAACAUCAUUUCCCCAAAUGGAACAUCACUUUCCCCAAAACAGGCUGUGCAAUCAUCCCUGUGACCUGUCUUCAUUUUCCUGUGUUUAGCCAUGUUCUACUAUUAGCUUUUGCAGUGUGGAAACCAUGGCUUCUUUUGCCCAUGACCUUUAUUUUAGCUUGUAGGCAAGAAAAGAUCCUUGCUUAACUCCCCUCAACCUUCUGCUUCAGUGUUGAAAUAUAUUUCACUGAACCAUCUAAUAAAAACUUCUACAGAUUCAGAUGUGUUGAGUUGAAGAGCAAUGACCUGUAUCAGGUUCCUAGAAGCAGUUUUGAUUAGUGCUUUUUUUUUAUUGCUUCCAGCAUCCUUUUGAAGGCUCCUCAUCGGUGUGUUUCUGGCUACACAGAAUCACACCAGUUCUCCAGCAUUAUAGUAACACCUCACAUGUUAAUGCAGCAUUGUGUAUAUGUACAGUAGUGUUUACCACAUGAUCUUAUAAUUUCUCUUUUUCUGACAAGUCUGUGAUUUAGAGCUUGUAAUUCCAAUUAUUCAUUUAUCAAAGCAACAUGUAGGAAAGAUUGGCUUGUCCUAGGAGAUGUCUGUAACAAGUAUCUUGUAGAGACUGUGGAUACCGUGCAGUGAUGUUCUUGGUUAGCAGAGUUACUGCACUUUUUUCCCAUAUGUUUAGUGUGUGCAAGGACUUUUCACUUGGCAGCUCGUGGAUCAUACGUAGCCCUUGAGGCUUAAACAGGGCUUCCUGCAUGCCUUUGCAGGUGGCUGUAAAUAUGAAAAAAAUAGUCAUCUGCCUGAGAUUCAGCAAGUGUAGAGCUGACAGAGGAUAGUGGCCCCUGCUGUCUCUCACAGCUAGUCUUCAUGAACUCUUGCUGUAAUGUGCCAUGUGACUUGGUGACAGGAGAAGAACGCGUGUAUGCCAAUGAAGAUGCCAGACAAGCUCCUCAUAUUGCUUGUACCAUUGAAAUGUGCAGCACUAAUACACCUUAUGAAGUUGCUGUGAUUGAUGAAAUUCAGAUGAUCAGAGAUCCUGCCAGAGGGUGGGCUUGGACAAGAGCCCUUCUAGGGCUCUGUGCAGAAGAAAUCCACGUUUGUGGAGAAGCUGCUGCUAUUGACUUGGUGACAGAGCUCAUGUACACUACAGGGGAGGAAGUUGAAGUGCGAAACUACGAGAGACUCACUCCUCUCACUGUGCUGGAUUAUGCCUUAGAAUCUUUAGAUAACCUCCGCCCUGGAGACUGCAUUGUCUGUUUCAGUAAGAAUGACAUUUAUUCUAUCAGUCGACAGAUUGAAGCCAGAGGAUUAGAAUGUGCUGUCAUAUAUGGCAGUCUACCACCAGGAACAAAACUUGAACAGGCAAAGAAGUUCAACGAUCCUGAUGAUCCAUGCAAAAUUUUAGUUGCUACAGAUGCAAUUGGAAUGGGACUCAAUUUGUGUAUAAGAAGAAUAAUUUUUAACUCCAUAGUAAAGCCAACUAUCAAUGAGAAGGGAGAAAAGGAAAUAGACUCCAUUACAACCUCGCAGGCUCUACAAAUUGCAGGCAGAGCUGGACGUUACGGCUCAUCCUUCAAACAAGGAGAAGUCACUACAAUGCAUCGUGAUGACCUCAUACAGCUGAAGGAAAUUUUGAGUGAGCCUGUGCGCCCUGUGAAGGCAGCUGGCCUACAUCCUACUCCUGAGCAGAUAGAAAUGUUUGCUUAUCAUCUCCCUGAUGCCACUCUAUCCAACCUAAUUGAUAUUUUUGUGAGUCUCUCACAAGUCGAUGGGCUUUACUUCGUCUGCAAUAUUGAUGACUUUAAAUUUCUAGCAGAUAUGAUUCAGCACAUUCCACUAAAUUUGCGAUCACGAUAUGUCUUCUGCACUGCACCCUUGAAUAGGAAAGAGCCUUUUGUGUGUACCACAUUGUUGAAGUUUGCAAGGCAGUUCAGUAGGAAUGAGCCUCUGACAUUUGACUGGCUCUGUCAGCACACCAAAUGGCCAUUAGCUGCUCCGAAGAACAUCAAAGAGCUUGUACACCUUGAGGCUGUUCAUGAUGUUUUUGACCUCUAUCUGUGGUUAAGUUACCGUUUCAUGGAUAUGUUUCCUGAUGCUGUCCUUGUGAGGGAUAUACAGAAAAAACUGGAUGACGUUAUACAAGUUGGUGUCAGCAACAUCACAAAGCUGAUCCGAGCUUCACAAUCUGCAGCUGCUCCUGGCACAGUGGAAGUUGUGUCAGAAGACUUUCCUCUUUCAAGGACAAAGAGGGAUACCAGGGUGGUUUCAGACCGUCAUAGUGCAAGAUCCACAGAGGCACUCUCUAUUGCAGUGGACGUGCCAGGAGAAAGAAGAGCAAAGAACUUGAAAGCCUAUCGGCCUUCAACAAGGCAGGAGGAUCUGAAAAGCUAUGGACGUGGAUCUCUUGCCAACAGAUUGCUGCGUGAAGGACUUCUAACACAAGAAAUGCUCAGACAGCUGGAGAGUGAGUGGCAGGAUCAGCACAGGAAUGGUAGAUAUGGCAUUGGUUCAAAAAGAAAUGAUCAGAAUAGUUCAAAGGAAAUGGAGAAAGAGAAAAAAUAGAACCAUGUCCUAAUUCUGUUUAGGUUUUAUUAAUAAAAUAAACUACUAUUUUAAUAUCUUCUUUGGCAUUUCAUGUUUACACUGCUGCAGCUCCUUUAUGCUUUCAUUUGUCCUGUGACCAGAUAUGUGAAGCAGUCAGAGAAAUGGACUCUUAAAAGCUCAGAGGCCAUACGUUUGCAUUUAGCAGUCAACUGUACACUUUUUCAAUCAUGGAAUUCAGCAAAAGUGUAUGAUCUGCUGCUGUGUGAAAAUUUGAACUUGAUGUCUUCUUGCAAGAUAUCCUCACAUCGUUAAUAAAUGUCACCUAUUUCACUAGUAA